AUGCUCAAGCGUUUGUGCAAGACAAACAAGAGACUGAUAGCCAUAAUGUCCUCCGCCGCUAAAAAGCCCGUGGUUCAACAGCCCGAAUGGAUUAAGCCAAGCCGCCAGACAGGCGAUGCGCCGGUGUUACACAUAUACAACUCAUUGACUCGUAGUAAAGACGAGUUUAUUCCGCUCAGAAACAACCAUAUCACUUGGUAUUGCUGUGGGCCUACUGUCUACGACCAUUCACACAUGGGACAUGCUAGAAACUACGUUUCCACUGAUAUUUGCAGACGGAUCUUGCAGGACUAUUUUGGUUACAAUGUCAAGUUCAUUCAGAACGUUACUGAUAUCGACGACAAGAUUAUCAUUGCUGCACGUCAAGAGUAUCUUUUUGAGCAGAGAGUGUCCCUGAAAUACACCGCGGUGACCCCCAAAUUGUUGGAUGUAUCAAAGGAAUACCUUGAGUACUAUAUUACCAAGACUUUACCUCAAUUCGAGAAGACCGACGUCGAAAAGGACUUUAUUCCAUGGUUGGAUUCGGUGAAUGUACAGGAAAUUGCAGUUACAAACCCUAAGUUCCCAAUGUAUACCAAGGCUGCCAGAACUGCCCACUCAUCUAUCUACUCUUCAGCUUCUGAGACUACUCCAAUAGACGACUAUUUAUCGUCUAUUAAAGAAGUCGCAAUGCCCUUUUUGGAUAAUGAAUUGGGGUCCACAGUUAAUGAUCCUUCAAUCUUCAGAAAGUUGCCAUCAUUCUGGGAAAAGAAAUUUAACGACGACAUGGGGAGGUUAAACGUGUUACCUCCUUCCAUUACUACAAGAGUGUCCGAAUAUAUCCCUGACGUGAUAGAGUUUGUUGAAAAAAUUAUCACGAAUGGAUUUGCUUAUGCUACUAAGGAUGGCUCCGUUUACUUUGAUACUGCCAAAUUUGAAAAUGAUCCAAAUCACGAUUACGCCAAAUUGCAACCUUGGAACAAGGGUGAUAUGUCUUUAAUUAAUGAUGGUGAAGGCUCUCUUAGUACAGGCCAAGAUACAAAGAAGAAUGCUGCAGAUUUUGCUUUGUGGAAAGGCUCGAAGCCAGGUGAACCAUCGUGGCCAUCAAAAUGGGGCGAAGGUAGACCUGGUUGGCAUAUUGAAUGUUCAGUAAUGGCAUCGGACAUCACUGGACAAACUAUGGAUAUUCAUUCUGGUGGUGUUGAUUUGUGCUUUCCACAUCACGAUAAUGAAUUAGCUCAAUCAGAAGCAUAUUUUGAUAAUAAGCAAUGGGUUAACUACUUUAUGCAUAAUGGCCAUUUACACAUACAAGGCCAAAAGAUGUCAAAAUCAUUGAAGAAUUUCAUCACUAUCGAAGAGGCGCUAAAUGAUUUCACAAGUAGGCAAUUGAGGUUAGUCUUUGCUUUAAGUUACUGGGAAAAACCAAUCGACUUUAAGGAUAGUUUAAUUAAAGAAGUUAAAUCUUGGGAAUCAUCCGUUUCUAAAUUUUUCACUACUGUCCGUGCUUUAAAUAAUGAUUAUAAACAUACUUUAGCCGAAGGUGGUUACGUAUCAAAGAAAUUAUCUCAGGCCGAAAGACAAUUAUACGAUAAUUUGACUAAAGCUCAGACCGAAACUCAUGCUGCAUUUUGUGAUAACUUAUCAUCACCUCUUGUAUUGAGAACUAUACAAGAAUUAGUUUCUAAGUCUAAUAAUUAUAUCCAAUCUUGUGCUACUGGAGAAAAUGAAUUAAGGAUAGAAGUUUUAUUAGAAAUUUCCAGCUGGAUUGUUAAAAUCUUAAAAAUCUUGGGUUUCGAGACUAGAUCUGAUAAAUUGGGCUGGUUGGAUUCGAAUGGGUCAGAGUCUGAAGGUAGUGCUUCUAAGGAAGAUAUUGCUAUGCCAUACGUCAAAGCCUUAUCCCAAUUCCGUGAUGCAAUCCGUAAUAUGGCUAUUAAUAAGUCGUCUUUUGGUGAUUUCUUAAAUGCAUCCGAUUCCAUUAGAUCAGAUCUCAUUAAUCUAGGUAUCUCGUUAGAUGACCGUCCGAAUGGAUCGGCCUUAAUUAAGUUUUUAAAUACUCAAGAGCAGGAUGAGUUGAAGAAACAACAGGCCGAUAAGGAAAAUGCUUUGUUAGAAAAGGAAAAGAAGAAACAGCAGCAAGCGAUAGAAAAUGCGAAGAAGGAACAAGAACGCUUAGAAAAGAUGAAAGUCAAUCCUUCUGAUUUAUUCAGAGAUCCUAAAUCUUAUUCUGAAUGGGAUGAACAAGGUAUACCUACCAAGGAUGCAAGCGGUGAAGAAGUUUCUAAAAGUAUGAGAAAAAAAUUAACUAAACAAUACCAACAGCAAGAAAAGCUUUACCAGGAGUUCUUGAAAUUACAAAGUCAAUGA